AUGACUCUCUUACAGACGUCUCUUAUCUGGGUCGUCUAUGCGAUCGUGGUGGCUGUUCUAUUCACGGUUGCCUCCGUCUUCGUCUAUGUUUAUCAGACUCCUCGCGACCGCUCCCCAUCAGUGACUGUGACUUGUAUUAUCGCAAUCGCAUGUCUUCUUGCGACCACUCUCCUACUACCUGUUGAUGUUGCACUGGUUUCCUCCACUGUCUCUACUGCCGUCGGUCAGCGGAAAGACUGGGCAAGCCAAGAGGUAGUGGAUAAAAUUAUUUUCUCUCUGACCCUUGUAUACUACUUUUUAUAUUCCGUGGACAUUCUCCUCUGUCUUCUCAUUAUUCCAUUUAUCUACUUUUGGUAUGAAGAGUAUGAUGAAGUGGCUGCUCAAACAGGAGAACAAAGCUUCGGACAACGAUUCUGGGGCGCUUUCAAAUAUACACUGUCCUUUGUUGCCAUAUUGAUCAUUUUGUUUCUCGUCGGCUUCUUCGUGCCCGUUUCCAAAUCUGAUGACGACAAUGGAUUAGACUUUUUCAAGAGACUGCUCACGGAGAACCGCGGCGAGCGCGCUCUGACUUUUGCUGUUGGUCUGUUAACCACGAUUGGGAUGUGUGUAUUUGUUUUACAUACCUCGACAGGGCUUGCCGUUCUUCCUGUUCGGCUUAUCAAGGGCGGCCCUUCCGUAUCAAACCAGAAUUUCAAGGCAAACUCUGUCGUACAGCUCGAGUCGAACAGAGAACGCCAGCGACAGCUAGAAGGUCGAUGCGGGGGCAAUUAUGACCAUUUGUCCUCCAAAGACCGCAGAGAGCUGGACGCUCUGGUACGAGAAGAGAGAACACUGAUUAGAAGGCAGCGCCUGGCGGAAGAAGCUGAAGGGGAAUCUCAGAGCCUUCUUAUGAGAGCAUGGUACAGGCUUGAAGCUAUCUUCCGCCCAUUCAAGCUCUUGGGAGGUGUACUACUAUUGUUGGUCGUGCUAUUGACUUGGAUUUCUAUGCUCUUAACGGCAAUUGACAAGGCCAAGAACUCAAUUUGCAAGCAUCGGUGCGGGUACAUACUCGGACAUAUCAACAUCUUCAACCCGAUCAACCAAAUUUUCGUUCAGUCGGCUAAAGUGUUUCCGAUCGACUACUUGAUCUUCACCAUACUUGUGCUGAUCUUUUUCUUCGGCUCUGUGGUUGGCAUUGCUACCGUUGGUAUCCGAUUCUUAUGGAUCAACAUCUUUCAGGUUCGCAAAGGGCAUACUUCCCCACAGGCCCUAUUGUUGAUGACAGCCAUGUUGAUGCUGUCAAUACUGGCGCUUAACUACACGAUAACCAUGGUUGCUGCCCCUCAGUAUGCAACUUUUGGGCCUCAAACAUUUUGUGAUCGCUCACCUGAUUCGUCUGGAAGACUACCCGACUGUCAGGAGACCAAACACUCUGUCAAACCUUGCUCGGAAGCAAUUGGUAACGAGGCAGCCCGAGCGGUUUGCACCCCUAGCGUUGCCAGUACGCUUCUCAAUCGACUGACAAUACGCUUUCCGUUCUUCGGUGUAAUCUUCUUCUGGGCCCAGUUUGCCUUUCUUGGUAUCCACCUACUUGCUUUGGUCACUUCUCUUCUACGAUCUCCAAAACUGGACGAACGGCAGCUUGACGAGGAUGCGGAAAAUGCGGAGGAGGAGGCUCUUCUGGCAAGUAAUAGAAGACGUGCCGAUACUCAGUGGCAGGAUGUUAUAGGCAGAGCCAGCAGGCGUGACGAAGUUUAA